AUGAAAAAGUAUCAAUUGAUAGGACGAAAAAGUGGGAGAUUAUUUACAAGAACCAAAACAAUUGAUUAUCCAUUAUUACAUUUACAUUCAUUACCACUCGAGAUAUUAUUAAGAAUUUUCCAAAUUUUACAACAAGAUUUUAAUUCAUUAUUAUCCUUAGCUUUAACAUGUAAAAAAUUUUAUACUAUUAUAUGUAAAAAUAUCUUAUACAAGUCAAUUGAUUUCAAAUCACCACUAAAGUUUUCAAAAUUUUCAUCUCAACAUUUAAAUAAUGAAGUUAGUAAUAAGAUUAAUUAUAUUGAAAAAAUUAAUUUUAUAAAUCCACAAAUACCUAAAUCAUCAAAACAUAAAAUUACAAUUGCUGGAAGUUAUGCAGUUGAAUCAAAUAAUCAAACUUUAAACACGUUAAGUUAUGAAGGGUUCAUAUCGUCAUUAAGAUCAUUAUUUACUCAUUCUUAUGGUAUACAAUGUCUUGAAUUUAGUGAGAUUGCACCAGAAUUUGCAUUUCCAAUUGAUGUAAAACAAAGUACUAGUAUAUUUAGAAGAAAAAUACGAACAUCGAAAAGAACCUUACCAAAACUAAUAUUAAAAUCACAAUCUGGAUGGUCACUUCCUUUGAAAGAUAUAAAUUUAUCCUUAAUUUGUGAAUAUUUUGAUGAAAUUAAAGAACUUCAUUUGAUAAAUUUUAUUAUUGAUCAACCAAUAAACUUAAAUAUAAAAAUAGAUACAAUUAUAUUUGAUUCAUGCUCAUUUUCUGCCAAAAAGGCUAAAAGCUCAUACACUAUUUUUAAAGAUACAACAAGUUUAGAACUAAAAAAUAUAACCAAUAUUGCCCAAUUAUCAUUAAUUGAUUUAGUUAAAUUAAACAACAAGUUAACCAAACUAACAUUAAAUUUAAAUUCUGGAAUUUUUUAUACAAACGGAGAAUUUAAUUUCACAAAAUAUAAUCCAUUUUUCAAAUUGUUGGGUUCACAAGAAGGUGGUUAUUCAACAAUUACAACCCUAGUGUUGAAAGAUUUUGAUUUAUUUGAUUAUUUACAACAUGAUGAUGUACAUAGCCAAGAUGUUGAUUCUUGGGUAGAACCACCCACAAAUAAUUUCGAAACUUUUAUAAAAUAUAUAUCACAAAUACCCAAUCUAGUGUUGGUAUUAAAACAAAAACCAAUAAAAGUUAAAACUUGUAUAAAAUGCGGGUUUAAAGAACAAACAUCAGAUAAAAAAAUUGAAAGUUUAACUAAUGAAGAAUGGGAAAUUUUUUUAAAACCAUUGGAAUUUCAACAAGAUAAUAAAUUAAAAAUUUCAAUGUAUGACUUUAAUGUUUUAUAUUCAACUUCAAAAUAUACUUAA